CGAAGUUUGGGGCGCCCGGGCCUGAGAGGUCAAGGGUCAGUACAGUGCCAGAGGAGGAGAUGGUGAAGCAGACGAUCCAGAUUUUCGCCAGGGUGAAGCCCACUGUCCGGAAGCAGCCGCAAGGGAUUUAUUCCAUAGAUGAAGAUGAAAAAGUUACACCCAGCUUGGAAAUUAUCUUACCUCGUGAUUUGGCAGAUGGAUUUGUGAAUAAUAAGCGAGAAAGCUACAGAUUUAAAUUUCAAAGGAUUUUUGAUCAAGAUACAAACCAAGAGACCAUUUUUGAAAACAUUGCCAAGCCCGUGGCUGAGAGGUAG